CUAGUUAACGAGAAAUAUGGUUGAUCCUAAUCGUAAAAUCAAUAUUGACUUGCAGUCUGAUGAGGAAUCGUCUUCUUCGUCUGAAGAGGAUGUUCUGAACGAAGAGCAUGUCCUGUUGGUUAAGGAAUUUGAGGAAGAGUUUAAGGAUCGAUUUACUGAAAAGGAUGAGGAAUUUAUGGAAUUUUGUAAACUGAAGCCUAAACCACCAAUUAUUGUCUAUCCAUUCGACAACUUUUUCAGGCAGAAUAAUCGAGGAUUUAAUAGAAAUAAUUACAAACAUCGCGGGAAUCAUUAUCAACAUCAACAGAAUCGUAAUAAUAGAAGCUACAAUCCUCAGAAUAGGAACAACCAUUAUGAUAGGAAUAGUCGUGAUAAUCGCGACAAUCGAGACAAUCGAUAUGGCGAUGCCAAAAGAUUUAGAGCUGAUUAAAUGAUGGCUGGACUUUUGAGUCAU